GGGCACUGGUAGGUUGGGGGCCCCAGCAGCUCUUCAAACGGCCCCAGGUGAACACCGGGAGCGCGACCUUCGGGCCGCUUCCCCCUUUAAGGGCAUUUUUUGCCCAGUUCGAAAAUGGCCGCCGUAGCGUCACCGCGCGGCCGCUCUGUGCGCACUUGGAGGACCCGAGUUCACUGCACCGCGAGUGGCGGGCCCCUGGGCCGCGAGUCAAGGCCAGGAAAGCGCAUGCGCGUCCGGGCUGCGGUAUCCGCGAGCUUGGUGCUGUCGUAAAGGGCCACGGCAGCAGAAGAGGAAAUGGGUCCCCGCGGCCUCUUAAAGGGACCGCGCCGCCGCGAGCGGGAGGAGGGGCAGGGUCCCUCUGUUGAGCCCCGUGUGCCCCCCAGGCCUCACCAUGCUGAGCUGCCCCCUGCUGGGCUCCCUGCGCCUCUGCCUGGAGCGGAGCCCACCCCUGGUCUGCUUCUGCCUCUGCCUCUUCUCAUUGGCCGCCGCCUUCCUCGCCUUGGCCGCCUACAUCCAAUGGCACGAGGUCAGGGACGCUGACAUCACCCAGGACUGGAACUCGCUCCUGGAGUCCCUGAGCCACCUGAGCUUCUGCACCGACAACGGGACGUGGGGGGGGCCAACAACUCCGGCCCCCACCCCCAGGGCUGCCCCCCCUUCACCCGGGGCCCCCCCAGCCCUCUCGGUCUUGGUGGGCCUAACUUUCAACCUCCCCGGGGGAGGGCAACCCAACGCCACCCGCCUGGCCCUGACGGUCACCGGCCACCAGCUGGGACUUGGCGGUCCAGACGCCCAGCAGCCGAUCCGCCUGGUGGUCGUCACCCCGUGGCCCCCCGGCCCCAGCCCCCAGGGCAGCUGUCUGAGCCUGGCAGGCCCCCCCUCCCUGCUGCCCCAAACCAGGGCGCCGCCCCUCUGCAUUGUGGGGGAUCUGGCUGCCCAGUCCCGGGAGGAGCCGGGGUCCUGCUACCGGCCCCACUACCAGCCGGACCCCGCCCUGGCCACCAUGCUGAGCCCGGAGGAUCGCCGCCUGUGCAGCCAGCGCCUCCUGCUGGCCGGCCUCACGGCGCUGUCCCUCUGCGCCCUGCUGCUGGGCGCCGCCGGCCUCGGCCUGCCGCCCGCCCGCCACGCGCGGGGGCGGCUCUAGGGGCCGGCCCCGCCCCGCCCCGCCCCGCCCCGCCCCCUCCUCUCCGAGAGCAGAGCCCGCCGAGACCCACCGGCCCCGCCCCCUC